CACAGCACAGGACUGAGCGGGCGAGCUGCGUCCCGCCUCCAGCUACGUUCUGAGAGAGUCCACAUAAUGGCAGGAAGCACAACACGGGCUGAAUGACAGUGAGCGCAGCCUGCAGUGGACGCUGAGCAGAGGCUAGCCCUGCUGCAGCCUGGGUGUGCUGGGACUACGGGAGCGGCAGUGCACUGGGUGCAGGCUUGUGUGGGUGGCCUUCAUGGAGAUGCUUCUGUGACGUUCACUGAUGCGUUCAGCUGCCCCUGAGGAUGUGAGUGGACGGAGCCUCAAGGUCCCUGGAAGUUCUUACAUGGAUUCGAAUCAACGGGGAAGUCCAAUAGCACAGCCUUAUCUGGGGAAGCCACGUGAAGAAGGGAAUGUCCCUUUGAAUCGGACAAUGAAAAUACCUAUAGGAGAGAAAUUACAGUAAAUGUACAGAACUCCGCUGGAAGGAAGAGGAGGGGGAGAUCCAGAGCUUGAAGAAUGAGAGAGCAUCUCCGAGACCCAGCGCUCACAACUAAAGUGUAACACUUGCGGACGGUUUCUGAGACCUGAGUAGGGUUAGAUCUUAUUAUAUUUUUCUAUCAAGAUUUCAUUUUUUUUGUCACUGGUUUCCAUCAUUGGAUGAUAUGGCUCAUCAUAGGAGAGGAAGCUAUGACCAUCGGGACAUCGUGGUAAAAUACAUCCAUUAUAAGCUGUCACAGAGGGGCUAUGAAUGGGAGGAAGGGAGACAGAUUUCUUCUGGCUUCCCAGCUACUUCUGCUGCUAACAAUAAUCUUACUAAUGACGGAGAGGUGUCUGCCGUACCUGGUGGUCCAGCUGGACAACCUCUUGCUUCAGAUUUGCCUGCUGCUUCCUCUUCAGAUAAUGAAUCUCAGAGUAAUUUUCCAGUACCACUUCUAGACAAUGCACCUGCUGCUCCCAGAAGCUCUACAUCUGCUGCAUCCCCCAUCCCUUCACCCCAGGCAGAUUUGGAUGUUGCCCAGAGAGAAGGGAAUGUUGAUGAAGAUGCUGGUCAACCACUUGAUGAAGAUAAUGGUGAAGACGCCCCUUUACAACCUGUUCCCCCUGCAUUAUUCCAGACACUGAGUCGUGCAGGAGAUGAGUUCUCCAAUUUGUACCAGCAAGACUUCAGACAUAUCUCGGGGCUCCUCCACCUGACCCCAUCCACAGUUCGUCUUCGUUUUGCCGCUGUGGUGGAGGAGCUCUUUCAUGAUGGGGUAAAUUGGGGCAGAAUUGUGGCUUUUUUUGAGUUUGGAGGAGUCAUGUGUGUAGAGAGUGUGAAUCGUGAGAUGUCACCUUUGGUGGAUUCCAUAGCUGGAUGGAUGACCGAGUACCUGAAUAGGCAUCUGCAGAACUGGAUCCAAGAACAGGGAGGAUGGGAGGCUUUUGUUGAACUAUAUGGCAACAGUGUUCGCCCUCCUUUUGAUCCAAUGUGGCCCUCCAUCAAGACCAUCCUAAGUAUUGCUGUAAUCGGAGCCUGCAUCACUUUAGGAGCCUACCUGGGAAACAAGUGAUCAUCUUUGAAGGCUUUUUCAUCUGACGAGAUCACUUAAUAAAAAGAGACUGAUCUGUAUGGCUAAAGGACCAACUGUCAUAUCAGCUAUAACUGCCAAAGGAGGUUUAUUUCUUUAUUCUAGAGUUGUUUCCUUUUUUAUAAAAGAUUUAUUUAUUAAAGUUUUUGGAUUUCAAGCUAUGCCUCACCAUCCUGACCGUUACAUGUAGCACUUAACGAGUUUUUUUUUUUUUUUCAGUUACUUUCACAUACAAGAUUCUAUUAUCACCUCCACGUAUUGUUUGGUUGCCUGAUUAUUGGUUGACUUACCACCAUUAAAAUUCCCACAUUUUGUUUUGUCUUAGAACAUUAAACCUAUUAAAAUUUCUUGCCAGUAUUUAUAUUCAGCUGUAUAAUUUAAUUGUGACUUCCAAGCUUCUUUAUAUUAAUAUUCCUUCCCAUAGUAAAAAGUUUGGUAGCCAUAGAUGAGAGCAGAUGAUCAGAAACGCCACAUAUGCCCUUAUUAUUCAUCUAGUAUUCUCUAGUACUAAGUUGGUUCUCUGGAAAGAAUCUGCUAUCAUCUUAGUCAUCUCUUAGCACCAUGUGCCUAACUAACUAGAGUUUCCAAUAGCCUUGCUUCAAGUACCAUGAGUAAAUAGAAAUCGAGCACCAUCCAGGGAGCAAACAGUACUUUACUAUUACUACGUAAGUCACUGAAUUUUGAUCAGUAAUAUGGUAUAUACAGUGUACAUGCAUGGAAGUAUCUUGCAGAUCGCAUGUAAGAAACAGUGGACAGUUGGUCUGAUAAUUUCCACUCAAGGCAAACGAUCACAAUGUAAUGCAGUGCUCUAGACAACUGAAAGACAGUUAUCAUCAACCAGUGUCUAUCAACCUCUGGUUGAGCAUCCAACCGAUGGGCAAUAAGAUCAAUGUCCAUCUCUUAAGAGUGAAGAAUGUCGUACUGCAAUUGAGACUGGCUUAUAUUUUGGCUAACCAAAUCUGAUCUGGCAACCAAACUGAUAAGGUUCCCUAGUUCACUCUAUCAUAUAUAACAUGUCAUGUAAGCUUACAUUAUGCUAUAGAAGGGACUCAUUUCAGCUUUCUAAUUGCUUGGUUAGAAGUUAGAACUACUGUUAGUUUAAGUUCUAAGUUACUAAAGAACCGAAUGUUGCAACCAAAAUGCAAUACAUUCUAAUGCAGAUCCAGGCGUGGUCUCCAGGUGAAAUGGGUCUGUCUGAGUCUAGCUAGCUAUACAUACAGUAACUGCACCUUAUGUAUUAAAAGGCCACUAUCAUAAAAAAAAAUGUACUACUGAUCUUCCUAAAGGGUCUUAAUUAGAACAUAUAGCACUUAUCAGUUUUACACGGAAUACUAGUGUACAACUUGUCAUUUUACUGUCAAGAUCCAUCUUCAGGAUCUUAAGUGGAAUAUUCAGUAUCUUAAUCCAAAUGAAUUAUUGCUAAAACAAAGCACUAAGAUAUUUUAAAAUAUUUAUUAAAUAAAAUGGAGCAGAAGUUAAUGGGAAAAUGAGAUGCAGCUGCUGUGCUUGACGCAUUGUAGGAACCAUUGAGGGCUGUGCUUCCAAUUAAAUAAAUCAAUUAAAAACCCAGUAUAUUACUGCUAACCAUGGCCAUAAUAAUUCUGUUUCUUAAUCCUAUCCUGCCGGCCUGCCUCUUACUGCAUUCAUGUAAAAACGGUAAUAAAAAGCAUCCAUCUCUUCACGUAAGAUAAAAACCAAUCUCUGCCUUUAAGGCACAAGCUAAGCCAUCAACCUUUUGACCAAACCCUACCUUUUUAGUCAUAGGCUAUAUAUACUAAGACUGACAAUACAAAUGUAUAAAUUUGACUCGUCAGAUGGGAGUCCAUGCUCAAGUAAUUGAAAUCUGUGCCAGCUAUGAGCUAGCAUAGAUUUGAAGAAUAAUUUACACCAAUUUAUGGUGUACUGUAAAUGUGAGCAGCCACAGAAGAGGAGAGAAGUGAAAAGUCAUAUAAAAUCUAUGAUAAACAUGCCCCAGUAUAUUUAAUUUUUAUCAUUAAUUUCUAAGUUUUUAGUGUCCCUUCAUGGAAGUACUUUAAGGGGGUGGUCUCAUUUGGGAACUAAAGAAACAUCUGAUUGAAUUUAAAAAAAAAAGAGGUCUUCUGUUCAGAAAGCUAAUCUUUCAUCUACAGUGGAGAUCAGGUAAAAAGGUUGAGAAGCCCCUUAGAGGAAAGAGUCCUAAGUAAUUAUGCAACAUAACCCCUGAUUGAGAGGCUUAGUCAUGAUAGUGUCCUUUUAAUGACAUGUUCAAUAGUGCAAUUUGUAUGUUUCCUAUAUAUUACGGUACAGGACAUUUAAAGGCUUGUACGCUGCAUUACGUCUAUAGAUCUCAGUGCAUGCAAGUCAAACGUUAGUUUUCUUGAAAUAACUUAAUUCUAUGCUCCACAGUACACAUACGGCAUACAGAUUUUGAAAGUAGACUGUAUGUAUUCAUGUGGUUUCUAAGGAUUAAAGUGAACGACAUCACAGUGAAGUCUGAAUUGUAAAUGUUGGCGAAAAAAUAAUAUAGCUCAUUUAACUGCAUUGCGUAUAGAAGAAAAGGUGACCUAAACCAUAUUGACCAAUCAAAUACAGUCCUGGUGUGUUUUUUUUUUUGCCAGGCUUGCACUAGACAGGUCAAUGCUACUGUUGAUUGGUUGUAUUGGUUCGCUGCAGACCUUGUACCCAACGUAAUGCUGUUACAUUUGCUGUACUGUCUUUUCUUCUGUUCACAUAUUUGUAACGUGUAGGGAAACAAUUGUGCAAUGCGACAGGCUAGAUAUGCAGACCUUAGUUGUCUCUAUACGGUGGCACGUAGAAAUUAGAGACAACAAUUGGGCCUACAAUAUCAUGUCCUGGAGUCUUGUCCUAUAGAAGCCCUUACUUAUUUUACUCUGAAGCAUACUAUUUUUUAUUUCCAAAACUAGUAUACAUAUAUAUUUUUUUAAGAAAAGAAACAUAUUUUUGUUAUAAGUCUUUAGUUGUGACCUUCUUAGUAGUAGGGUCUAAAUAGCUUUCUUUUAUUAAAUCCUGAAGUCAAACUAGCUGACGCUAGCACCCGUAAUAACGAUAUUACUAUAUUUUCAGCUUAACUCCAUCUCUUAUAUGAAUAGAAUGUAUUCACCUGCAAGAGAGAAUUAACCAAAAAUGAAAACUAAGCAAUAAGGAGAGUAACUAAACAUGUACUUGGAGAAGUUAACCAUGUACAUGUUACUCCUAAUACUGGGUAAACUAGGCGGUUAUGGGAGCGUACCUGUUACCUAUAUUGUAUUCUGUUCUACAUACUAUGGAGAAAUUGUUAACCACCAAUGGUUCAUUCUACUAAAAUGAUGCGUGAUCUGUUUGGCUACAUAAAUAAUAGAUCAACGCAGAUUUACAUGUGCAUGACCAAACACCACUUAAGGUUCCUUGUUGUAUCUUUAUGUUAUACUAACAGUAACCACAGGUAAGAAUGGGGCUGUUGAUUCAAUGUUUGUGCAUGCAAUCUCUGUACUGUGUAGUAGCCAAAAGUUGCAAUGUUCCCACGGUUCUGAUUGAAGAGAAACAUUGGCAUGCAGUAGUAAAGAGAGCACUAUAACUUUAUGUACCACACAGCCCCUAACAAGCAUGUACUAAUGUUGUGAUGGUGUUGGCAUUGUAAGUAUAGCAAACUAGAAAUAUAAUGGACCUUGUUUUAGCCGUGUAGAAGAAAUGCUGCUUCCUACCAGUGUGCAUCUCAGCCUUUUAUAUUGCUUUUGAUUGUUCCAACAAUUCAUUAAGUGUAUUACCUUUGUUUUUUAUUGUAACUUUUUUUUUUUUUUUUACAUUUUCUAUAUUGUAAUGAACGUGGUGUGUUGAGAAGGUAUGAAAAUCAACUGUAAAUACUGUUGGUCCAGGUUAAUGUGUUUUUAGUUUUUGCUGUUUGGAGGAAAAGAUAGGGAAUGUUUAGCAGUCCGUUUGAUUGUAGUUUUCUUCAGGUCUUACAUACUGAGAGAUCUGAAUACGUACCUGAAAUGUAACCACAACCCACACACUGGUGCUUACCCCCAACUAUGCCACGAUGAAUAUCAAUCCAUUGAUUGUGUUAGUAUGAAAGUAUCGUCUCCAUCCACUUCAAAUUGUUAUAGGUCAAGCUGUUGAGGUGCACCGUAGUGCACCCAUGAGAUAACGUCAUCUGAGUAUUUUUCAAGUACAUUGUUUUGGGUGAACAGGUAAAUAUUCAUUGAAAAUCAGUUUCAAGCCAAACUCGGUUUGUGUGGGAAGUCAACUUCCUAUUCCUUUUUGCAAUGAGUAGGGCUGCAGAAGGUUUAUGUAAGGAACUGAUUUAGAAGGGGUUUUCUAGUCAUCAUUAUCUGAUCGGUAGGGGUCCAACUCCCUGCAUGUCUGCCAAUCAGCUGUUUGAAGUGGCCACAGCACUUCUGUGAGCACUGUGGCCUCUUCAUAGGCUAGUGACAUCACAUUCAUAGGUCCUGUGACCUAACACUCGUCUCACUGCCAUUCAAGUGAAUGAGCCUGGACUGAAAUACCAAGUACACCCACUAUACAAUGUACAGCACUGUGCUUGGUUAGCUGUGAGGAGACUCUUUAAACAGCUGAUCGUUGGGGGCUGGGAGUCAGACCUCCACCAAUGAGAUUUUCAUGACCUAAUCUGAUUAUAGAUCAUCAAUAUAGGAGUCCCAGAAAACUCCUUUAAGUUGUCCAUAGACAAAACCCCUGGCUGAUACCUCUGUAUCUUUACAAAAAAGACUAAUCUCCCCUUCUUCCAUUAUAAUAACUAACCCACUUAGUUUAGUUGAAUGGGUAUAGAGAGGGAGGGAUAUUGCUGACAGACAACAUUUUGUUCACCCAAAAGCUCUCCUACUGUAUGUCACAGACAGCACCAACCACCGUACCUGAUACCAGGAUGUAGCAAUUUUAGCUCGGGAGGUUAAGAAUCCAUUUACACCAAUUUAUUUUUAUUUUUUUGAGGAGGCAGACUUUUAGCAGAAAUACAUACAUAAUGGUCAGGAGGUUUGUUUGUUUUUCUGAAACCUUCCAGAACCCGAGUUGAUCUAUAGUAACAUGAAGUAGCAAGUUCAUCCUUCUAAAUUCUGUUCACAUAGCUCCAGUUUCAGUUACAAUUUUAUUACUUAAUUAUUGAGAAGGAAAUUGUUUUCUUUCUUCCCACUGAUGCUACAGUGUACCCUUACCUUAAACACAAUUAACUGUCUCUCCCUUGGCUGGCGCUCCCUCUCUGAGGUUGUAGCUCGUGUUUACAAAGUUGUUGAGGGACCGGAAUCUUGGAGGCUUGAUGGCACCAGUGUGUUAACUUAAGAGAGUUAUUUAUCUUUUGGUGAUUUCAAUAUCAGAGUAUUCUUUAUUUUGUUACAUUUUAUAUGUGUAGCUAAAAAAAUGUAGUAAACUGUGCUGCUAAACUGCCAAUAUAAUUUGAUUUUAUAUUGAUGUAUAUUUUUGGAGGACAGCUUAAGAAAGCUGUUUACAUUGGUUAAUAUGAAGUAUAUGACCUUGUUGUCAAACAUGCAAGGUAGUCAUCUUGUUCAGGAAUUAUCCUGGUCAUUAUCUCAGUAACAAUAUCUUCAUGAGCGAUAACUACAUUGUAAACUUUUAUUUUUCCAGUACUCUAUAGCAUAUUCUUAAAGGUGUUCUGUUUUAGGCAACUUUCUUUAAAGAGGAACUGUAACCUCAACUGACAUUUCUGUUUUAGUAAAUACUUAAUUUUACAUGAAAUGACAAUUCUGGAGCACCUAUUCUUAUGACUCUUGUUGAAUUUCUGAACAAAUUGACAAUUGGGUGUUACCAGUUAGGGGUAUGUUCUUGCACAAUCUGACACUGUCCAAUCAGUGCUGGCAGUGGCAGACUGUGCAGGGAUACACCCCUUGUAAGACCUAGUUGUC